AUGGAAUUGGACGAGCACUACUACCAGGGCAACCCGAGACAAUUCGUGUUGCUAUCAAUCAGAAAGUCUGAACGGUCCGAGACUGAGACUGAGAAAAGAGCUUGUUUGGCUGGUGGACGUGUCGUGUACCUGGCCUGGUCGUCGCAACCCAACCCAACUGGCGCGACCAACUUCCAGCCUCCGGCAAGCAGGUCGCAUCCAAUUGGAUCCAAGUGCAUCGAGGAGGAGGACCGCCUCGCAGAGAGGAGGAAGCCGAAGAGCAGCAACCUGAAACGUUCCCCCAGAUCCUCCUCAACACCACCAACACUACCUCAUUUCUCAGUUCCGAAUCACCACCAAGGUGGUGAUAAUUCCGACUUGUCUACCCCAACAGGUCAGAGCAGUGACCUGGGCAACAUUGUCAAGUUGACAGACCAAACUCCCCCCACGCCUUCUAACGACCGUCACGAAAUUCACGAAAUCACGACCCCUUCUGCGCAGCGCCAGCAGCAGCGGAGGCAAGCGCGAAACAUUACCCCAGAUCCAGUCGCUGAGAGACCAACUACUCCAGCUUCGUCCCAACUCUCACACCGCACCCUUCGACGUACUUCGCGAUCCGUUGCGACCCCAAGUCCUACACCGCAGUCUGCCCGCCAGGUCCACAUUGAGGCCGCAUCAGUAGGUUUCAGUCCCAAACCACAGGUUGCGACCGCGCCUGCGCCUGCGCCCACGCCAACACUUGCGCCUGCCCCGACUUUUAAUUACGAUUACCCUCGAACCGUCGCUCCCCUCGAUCGACGAAAUUCACGUGCGCGAAGAGUUCUCUCACAGGAUCUGAGCGAGGACUUUGACGAAGAGUCCUCCGACGAAGCUCUGUUAUUCCGAGACCCAACAUCAUCGUCUUCUCAUACCCGACGCGAGUCUCACCGACCUCAUCGCGUUUCCAGAAACACUCGCAGUGCCAUCCUCUUCGCUCUUGAGGAGGCGCUCCGGCAACCUAACCUGUUCACGCCCGACGAGAUAGAAGAAGGCGCAUCAAUGGCUGACCUGAUCGGAGGCGGCACUGCCGCUUCCAACGGCAAUGCCUCGGCUUCCACUCGCCAGCGCACCACUGGCGCCCCUAACCCUACCAGCUCGCCUUCUGGAAUUCGUGGUCCUAGAAUGAUCAUGCAGGAGCGCGCUGCUAGAGAGGCAGCCCGUCAGAGAGCCGAACAGGAACAGAUGCAGUUGGAGAGACAGCGAGCCGAGCAGGAAGCUCGCCUAUUGGAGGAGACGCAGAGACGGAAUGCGGAGCGCCGAGCUGCCACCGCCGCUACUGGCGCUGCCGGAGGAGGAACAGCUGGUGGCGCCGCCAACGUGCCCCAGCAGGACCCCACCUCUCACCGGCGACCCGUAGCUACCGAUACCCCACAAACCCGAACCAACCCGGGAGGAAGUUCCCGCCAGCCCACAAUGACUCAGCCGCAGACUCGACACGGUCGAACGGCGUCGACGUCUCAGCCCGGCCAGCAACCCUACAGCACAGCCCCUCAGGCCAGCACCACUCAACAGCCUGCUAACACAUCUGUUCAAGGAGCCCAGGAGUCUGGCGCUACGGGAUCGAGACCCAGAAACUCAUUUCCCCACGCGUUUGAGCGUUGGGAAACCUUAUCGGCUCAUUGGGAGGGUCUCACCAGCUUCUGGAUUCGACGACUUGAACAGAACAACCAGGACAUUGAGCGUGAUCCUGUCAACCAAGCGCUCUCUCGCCAGGUCACCGAUCUUACUGCGGCCGGUGCCAACCUUUUCCACGCCGUCGUCGAGUUGCAGCGCCUCCGCGCUAGUUCUGAACGCAAGUUCCAGCGAUGGUUCUUCGAGACCCGGGCUGAGCUGGAGCGUGCUCAGGAGGUCAACGCCAUGUUAGAGUCGGCCCUUGACGAGGAGAGACGUGCUAGAGAGAAUGCUGUUCAGGCAGCUAUCCAGAAGGAGCGUCAGCACUCCGCCAACGAUGAACGCGUCAGGGAGAUGAAGAAGGAGCUCCAGAUCUCCAAAGAAGAGGCCCGCCGCGCUUGGGAGGAGCUUGGUCGCCGCGAACAUGAAGAACGCGAACGGACCCAGUCUCUGCAGAGCGGUCAGCCUACCAUCCUCGGCGGCGUCCAGGUCGUCCCGAUGACGCAGGGUGUUCCCAGUCGCCAUGGCAGCUCCCGUGAGCAAUACGGCGGCCAGCAGGCCGGCUACGCUGGCGAUUACUCUCAAGCCCCUGGUGGUCAAUCCAUUCCCGCCACGUCCAGCAACCUCUAUCCAUCCGGCGAUCCAGGUCAGGAAGGCGUUACUUACACGGGUGCUGGUUCCGAGGGUGGAUACUCUGAAGGUGAGUACACUAUCGAUGCGCAAGGCCACUUCGUUCGCGAUUCCCAGGGAAAUAAGGUUCCCUUCAUUGCUCCACCUUCCCCAGUUUCUGACGAAGGUAUAGAAGAGUAUGAAACCCCAGCGACGAACCCUCCCAGUGCCGGUUACCUGCAGACCCCCACCACGUCUGCUGGAGAACAGCAGCAGGGAACAGCCCAAGACUAUUCCGGCUCGGGCUAUGCUGCUCCAGGUUGGGAGACUGUCCCAAGGCAUCAUCAUCCGACCCGCCUGAGCGAUGUCAUGGAAGAGGAUGAGCGCAGCCGCGCCAGCAACAGUCAAGUGGGCCGACACUAG